CUCGAUAGAGGUGCCUCAUUCUUCAUUCUAAGGCUGACCUACAUGAAGUAUGGAUUUGGUCCUGUGGGAAGCCAUAUUUGAUUAUUGUAAACAAACUAAUGUUUUGGCAUCGAAUUUCAUUUCAAUUAUUCAUUAGUAUUCGAUAUUUGGGCCUCUCAUGCAAACAGAAACAGAAUAUUUCGCAUUUCCGUCGAAAACAAAGCAUACCAAUGUUUAAGAAAAUUAAGAAAUUAAAUCUCAGUUCCGCUAUCGGUAUGGGGGUCAGCUCUUCUGCUCUGAAAGUUGAGGAAAAAACAUCGAUUUUUUACAACGGAGCCACUGUUUUAGAGAAGAAUGACAAUGGCCAGGAAACAUUCCGGCUUUAUCGAGUCCCACAGUUGGAUUUGUACGAAGCAGUUUUAUAUAAUCCGGAGGAGAGGACUGUGUGCUUGAGUGUGUUUCGGAUCGAAGAUGAAAGAAAGGCAAAGGAUAUGUUUAGGCAACUGUGCGAGCGUCUCACGCCAUUCUACCAAUCCUCGUCAAGAUGUUACAAAACUCAGGUGUUGCAAUCAUUGUUGAACUGCCUCGAGGAACAUCCAGACAUGGAGCUUGCUGUGGUUGCCAGAACAACUGGCCUUACAGAAUGUCUAAAACAUGAGAAGAUUGCCGCAAGUGCAAAAGCUGUUGAUGCCGCUGAUGCUGGAAAUACUGAGACCUCUCUUCUGCAGGCAACAAAGUUUGGUUUCAAAGGAAAGAUUGAGAAUUUUGUGUCAAAAGCUGGGGAGAAGUCACUCACAAAAGGAGACGAGAAAGGAAACACUGCAGUCCAUUACGCUGUUGGACAGCCAGAAUUACUGGAUAGGAUACUUCUGCGUGCAGCAGAGCUUGGAACCGAAGUUGUGAAUAAAGUAAACAGCUCAAAUGAAACUCCAUUACAUGUCGCUUGCAUGGUGAACAAUGCCAAAGGGGUUCAGCUUCUCCUGGAACAUGGUGCUGACGUUAAUACCCCAAGUAACCACGCCUAUACUAUCCAUUCUGCUGUCAAGUAUGACAGUAAUGAUUGUGUCAAGAAAAUCUUGGAAUUCCAGAAUGAGAGUAAAAAUCUCAAGGAUAUGAAAUAUGGAGGGACACCAUUACAUUGGGCCAAAACAAGACAGGCAGUGGAGAUUUUAUUGGCGGCAGGUGCUGAUAUUGAGGCGGGUAAUAGUGAGGGGGAAACCCCACUGCAUAUCAUGGUGCAUAGGAAACGUCUUCAAUGUGUUGUGUGCUUGUUAUCACAUGGUGCUGAUGUCAAUGCUUUGGGGAUGCAGGAUGAAACACCUCUUCACAUGGCUGUCAAGGUAGGAGAUGUGAAUAUUGUGAAGGCCUUGAUUGUGUUUGGUGCUGAUAUAAAUGCUGUCAACUCUAAGAAAGAAACAUCACGUCAUAUUGCAACUGUUUCCAAAAGUCGCUUCAGAAAUCAGAUUGUCCAUGCUCUUUGUCUUGUUGGAGCAGCCCCAUGUAAUCCAAGGAGUUGUAACUACCAAUGUAAUGUCCCAUUUUUACCGUCUAAAUUUCCACCAGGCAAUGAACCAGGGAAUGAGUUAUUAAAGAAACAAGCUGAAAAAACUGCUAUUAAACUUGAUGAAAUAGCAAAAAUCAUGGCAGCUGGGGCUCAUGCUAAUGUGAAAUACACUAAAUCCGGUGGUGGAGGAAAUGAAAGUGAUGGUCAGUCGAUUAUGAAAAAGAAAAGGAAGGAUGAUAGCGUACUUUGCUUAGAUGGUGGUGGUAUCCGUGGUCUUAUUCUCAUUCAAGUUCUUCUAAAUCUUGAACGUGUUGCUAAACAACCAAUUGUGAAGCUUUUUGAUUGGAUUGGUGGAACAAGUACAGGAGGAAUACUUGCCCUAGGCCUCUUACAUGGAAAAUCCACGCCAUAUUUACAACAACUUUACUUCAGACUUAAAGACGAGGUUUUCGUCGGUGCUCGCCCGUAUCCCUCAGAACCUUUCGAAAAAUUCUUACAACACGAAUUUGGCAGCGAUACAAAAAUGACAAGCAUUGGUUACCCAAGAGUAUUAGCGACGUGUGCAGUGUCUGAUCGAAUUCCACCAGCUCUUCAUCUUUUCCGUAAUUUUUCCGUUCCUGAGGACGAGAAGAAACCGGACAAGAAUUCUCAGUUCCCACCCAUAUCGAAACCAAAAGACCAACUGGUAUGGCGCGCUGCACGGGGAACUGGUGCAGCUCCGACAUAUUUUCGUGCUAUGGGCAGAAUGCUGGACGGAGGUCUGAUUGCGAACAACCCAACAUUAGAUGUAAUGUCUUUCAUGCAUUCCUACUAUAAGAACGCCCAACCCAAGGCACCAGCUCAUGACACAUGCAAGAAGUUCGGCCUGGUGUUCUCGGUUGGAACCGGCAAGCCACCGGAAGUUCCCGUAACAAAUAUCGAUGUCUUACGGCCGACGUCGGUAGGUGACGUAGCAAAGAUUGCGUUCGGAGCCCAGGCAUUGGUUGAAAUCUUAGUAGAACAGGCAACCUCUUCAACUGGAGCGGUGGUUGAUCGCGCAGCAGCCUGGUGCGAGAUGAUUGAUGUCUUCUAUCGUCGCAUGAAUCCUCAGAUGUACUCAGAUGUCCCUCUGGACGAGAAAGGGGACCAAGUUUUGGUUAAUAUGUUGUGGGAGUGCCAGGUUUUCAUCUUUGAACAACGUCAUAUUAUAAAAGAAAUUGCAGAUCGUCUCACGUAACAUACAAUGAUAAA